AUGGAGAACAACCAGGAUCGAAUGCCAAUUGCGCACAAUGUCCGAAAUGUGCUCAAGUCCUUCCGGAUGGUUGCAGCAUUGUUCAAUCAUGAAAUCGAUUCUCUGGAUGAUGAGGCCGAGUCCAACGGCCUGCCCAAGCUGUCACUAACCUUCGAUAAUCAGAAUAUUCGCUUCAAGAUGUGGGCCGGGAACUUAGCAGCUCAUCAGAGUGGCCCGGUAUCGCUCGAUCAUCGGUUGAGAGAGGCACCCCAUAUACAAAAGCAGGUCCUCUAUCUUCUGUGCGACAUAUCAGAGUCCCUAGACGAUGCAAGAGUCCUUAUUCCGCAAAAAGAGUCCCCAAAGUGCAAUGGAAACAUUGAGGAUAAGCCCGACUCUCUUUCCGACCGUUGGGAUCCAGACAGCAAGGACGGCUUCACCGACUCGGACCUUGACGAUGAUGAGAACAUCUCACCAAACACAAGAUUAUCAACGUUCUGCACCGACAUUGCUGAGGCCAUCAACUCUCUUUUGCGUCUCUCUCUUGCCAUCGCCAACCCAGCACCACAUGAGAGAUUCCGAAAACACGGUGCUGGCCCCGACGAGGACAUAUCCUUCUACGAGGCACAUGACGUCCGCUACGUCCAAGAUAAGUUCCCAAAGAUCAGCCAGGAUCUUCCCGGUGUCCUCGGCAAGUUCAUCACCCGCCGACGCCAGUUCUUCAAGUAA